AUGAGUUACAUGAAGGCCAAAGUGAAUCAAUCGGAUAUGAAGGAGUCCAUGCAACAGGAGGUAGUGGAUACCUGUGCGCAGAUUAUGUGUACUCCUGAGAUCACCCCGGUCCAAGUGGCCACGGAGGUGCGGAAGUACUUCGAUGAACACCACGGACCCUCAUGGACCUGUAUUGUUGGCCGAGAUUUUAGUAGUUCGUUCGCGUAUGAGAAGAAAAAGCACAUCUCGUUGGAUAUUGGCGGACAGCAGAUCCUCCUCUUUAAAAGUGCGUAG